AUGAACCAGACGGGCCACGAUCCGGAUUCCAAGAAGCUGGAGAAAACCUUCUAUCAUUACCGAGGUCUCAUGAUUCGCUCCUUGAGUGACGACGUCAGUAUACCAAAUAAACGAGAUGGAGAUACCGUUCUUGCCGGUAUUCUCACACUACUGAUGGCAGAUGCUCAACAAGGCAUCUCGCAAGACUGGCGGUAUCAUAUUGAAGGAGUACGAAAGCUGAUAAUCCUGCGCGGUGGCAUGCACCGUUUGGUUAUAUCCCCUGGGAUACUACCGAUUAUUCUUUCAUUUGCUCACAUUGUGGUAACCGCCGAUACCACAUCCCCUGCAUUCGAUAUGCUCACCGAGGGGAUAGACCCCGAGGAGUUAUAUCAGUUGGUGAAAAGAUACGGAGGCAGUGGAUUUGGAUUUCAAAUGUGUCCCUCUCCACUUUUCGCCGAAAUCGUCAAGAUCAACCACAUCCGGAGUCGAAUUCUAAAGCUGGAUUGUGCACACAAAGGCGAUCUUCAAAAGAACGCAUCUGAAGUUCUUCGCCGUGUCUAUGACUUUUCACCGACUGUAUGGACCGAGUCAAAUGAAUACCUCACCGAAGACAGCAAACUCAUAGUGGAUAUUCACCAAAGUGCAGUCGCCUUGUACUGCAUGUCAUCUCUCCAAAGUCUCGGAGUUUUACCACCGGAGCGGUUGCUUAGGAACAACUGUGAUAUGGAGCGACAGAUAUUACACGGACUCCUCGAGAAGGCGCUGAGAGAGGGGCCCCAUGGAUUCACUUUCUGGCCUCUGAUGGUCCUCGGCGUGCAAGCAGUGGAUGGUAGUCCUACUCUGCGUGCUUUUGUUCGAGAAAACAUGAUUUCGCUGAGCGCCUCUUCUGGCACAUAUUCCCCACUCGCAGCAAAGGAUAUUCUAGAAAGGUUCUGGGCUUCCGGCAGAACGGUAUGGGAUGCCUGCUUCGAUAAACCUUACAUUUUUACAACGGUUCUCACGGUGAACCGGGUUGAGAUCGAGGGGACUUUGGCUGCCAUGCGCGAAAAGCUCUAG